AUGAUUGAUCCAGACAAACCUGAGCCUUUACCCCGAACCAGGAGAUUAGCUGCGACACAUAACUAUGGCUACACUGGAGUCCCAACCAUCGAAUACGAGGACGAACGAGUGGAAAAGCCCUGGCAACGGGUUGUCGGCAGUCUCACAAAGAAAGGAACUCACUUAAAUAACCCAAUCAAAUCAGUGCCAAGUACACUACUAAUAGUAGUGCUCGGUCUAUAUUUACUGCUCGGCUACCUGACACAGCUCGUCGAAGAUGCCAUGCCUUCAGUUAUAUUGGACAAAGAAGUGGCUGUUGAUGAUGCCUUCAAAUUCAGCGAGGAAGCAGCACUUAAGUACCUGACGCGUAUAGUAGGAGAUGAGCCGAGGGUAUCUGGCACGCCGUACCAUCUGAACCGGACUAAGGACUUGAAGAUGAUGCUCGAUGACAUUGCCAGCGGAGCUCAUCAGAAAGUCCACACCGAUUGGCAGAUUGCCACGGGCGAUUACUUUCACCAAUCAGCAUCAUCCUUUUACAAUGUAUAUGAGAAUGCAUCAAAUAUCGUCGCCUUACUGGAGGGAGAGAGCGGAUUCCUGUCUAAUGGCAGUCUAGGAAGUUCUAUACUAGUCAAUUGCCACUACGAUUCAGUACCUUUUGCGCUAGGAGCGUCAGACAACGCAGUGUUCUGCGCUAUAAUGGCGGAGUCCCUGAACCGACUGUCGCGCAGCAAACAGAAGCUCAAACACAAUAUACUGUUUCUGUUUAAUGGCGCCGAGGAGAACGGCUUGCAGGCAAGUCAUGCAUUUCUGCAACAUCCGUGGGCGCGGGGCGCCGUAGCUGUCAUUAACUUGGACGCAGCUGGGAUGAACGGCAAACCUACGAUAUUUCAGGUAACAGAUCCCCGAGUACUCCAAGCGUACCAUCGAUCCGCGCCGCGUCCUAACGCGCAAGGCAUGGCGGAGUUCAUAUUCUCAAAUGGAAUCAUACCGUCAGAUACUGACUUCAGGAUAUGGAGAGACUUCGGGAAUAUACAGGGCAUAGACAUAGCAUUCGUAAAAUGGGCGAGUGUAUACCACACUCGCAACGACAAGCCGUCGCUCCUGCAGGCCGGCGUCCUGCAGGGCGCCGGGGACAUGAUGCUGGGGCUACUUACUGAGACCGCGUCCAUGCAGGAACUGGAGAACAAGAUCCAGCCCUCAGCGGCCGUGUACUACGAUUACUUAAACUUGUUCUUAAUAAAUUACUCGCUGUUCGCUUCCUACUUCGUGGAUGUUCUGAUUGCUCUACUGGGACUCUCCAGCGUUACUUACUACGUGUGGAUCGUUGGAUUCAGGUGGUCGACGGUGAUGAAGCUAUUGCUGAGCGCGUUCAGUCGUGUACUGGCGAUGUUGAUAGGAGUGGCCGUCGUGUUUGUCUUCACGUUUAUCAUGGUCGCUACCACCGUGCAAUUAAGAUAUGUGUCCGAGCCAUGGCUGGUGGUACCGUUGUACUGGGUACCGUACCUUAUUGUAGCGGUGGCAGUGUCACAGGGAUUCGACGCUUAUACAUUCAAGACGACAGGACUAACUCGUUCCCUCCGCUGCGCCCAAGCGAUGGCAGCGACCCGCCUGUUGGUGUCAGUGACCCUGCUAGUGUUGUGCUGCGUGCCCGCGCUGACGUCGCUGCGAUAUAUAUUCAGCGCGCCACUGUUCAUCUUGUCGGUCACAUCACUAGCCUCGCUUACUAUACUCAGAUUUGUUGCAUUACGAGGUUGGCAGCACCUGGUGCUGGAGCUGUCACUGUCAGUCCCGUCCAGUAUGUGGGCACUGUCGCUGGCGCUGCGCCUGGACGCACAGAUCCUGCCCGUCAUGGCGCGCUCCGCGGGGGACAAGCCUGACGUCACCGUCGCCAUGAUCAAUCUGGCACUCGUCAUACUCGUUGCUUGUACUGUUUCCGGUAUAGAGCUACUAUUCUCCCGCAAGUUCCUGUGGCUGGUCCUGUCGGUGUCGGGCGCGGCCUGCGUAGUGCUCAUGUUCAUUCCGUUCUCACCGUACGAUGGCGACGGCAUCGCGUUACAGAGGCAUUAUUGGUUUCAUUCACAAAUAUCAUCAUAUGACAUCAAUGGCAAGUUAGAAUCGUCGACAUCGGGUAUAGUAGUAACGAAACACGAUGCUUACUCUGCCCCCCGGGUGCUGCGCGCCCUGUCUGCGGCCGGGUACAACCUGGAGUCCAGGACCGGGUUCAGUGAGGACUGUGAGAAACAAGUCUUCUGUGGUCUGCCACUAUUUAGGACUGGGUUUUCAAGGUUUUUAAAGGAUGCAAUGUUAUUAUCGACGGGUCCACCGGCGACCUUCGCCCCGCCCGCGGCCACCAGGGUGGCGAACAAAUCCUGUGGCGGGGACGAGUGCAAGUAUAGCUUCGUUUUUACUGGAGCUCACCACAACAUGAUAACGCUAUGGCCCCGUACGAACGUGUCUCUUACAUCGUGGUCACUGUCCACCCACCCACAGAGCAGCGCAGAGUUACUGCAGCGGCCUGUGUUCGUCAUCUACCACUCUACUGCUACGUACUUUGCGGACUCCAUUGAUUACUAUCUUGAUGUUACUUUUAAUGUCCCAGCGUCCCUCCAAUCGCAGCCAAUAGUGGACAUCUCCCAUCACUCUCACAAGAUCUACCAUCCCGAGCAGAUGACGGCGGAGUACCGCGCCAUACUGGACGCCAUGCCACGAUACUUUAACGUCGCUACCUUCCUGAGUUUUAGGAAUAACUAUGUAUUUUAG